AUGUCUUUCUUAUUAGGAGAUGAAUAUGCAAGUAGCAGUAGUGAAAGUGAGAGUGAUAUUAAUGAAAGUAUAAUAAAACAAAGUAGAACGAUACACAAAGUAGAUAACCACGAAAAACAUCUUUUGCAGCUCUUACCUUCAGCUAACAGCAUUUUGUCCAGUGUGUCUGCGUCCACAGCUUCCUUCUUACCACCACAAACCAAUACGAACCUUCCAAGCUUUGUUAAAUCUUUUGACUUGAUUGAAGAGAAGAAGACACAACAUGAAGAAAAGAUUGAAAACGUGGAAGAACGAAAACAACAUGAUGUUCAGCCUAUGGUAAUGACAAGCAGAUACGAUCGAAAGCGACUCAUGCCGAUGGAGAAGAGUGCGUCUAGAGAGCCAUCAACGAAGCGUGAGAAGAGAGACGCUAAAGAACGGGUCAAGAGUCAAAGAAUGAAGGGCCAAGCAGGCAUUGGAUCUGAUUUUCGUAUCUGGAAGGCCGAGUCGGAGAUGGUACUUCGUCAACAGUUUGAUUAA